AGCUGUCCUGGGGAGGAGCUGAGCUGGACACAGUGGCAUUUGCUCUUGUGCACCCCGUGCCAGAGGUGGGGACAGCCAAGCCCAGCACCAUCUCCUGGCUGGGCAGCUCCUGCUGUUGAGUACGUCCCAAGCCUCAGAGUGGUUGUGCUAUUUAUUAAUCCAUGAUUAUUUUCCAUCUGAUUGUCUCCCCAGUCCCUCACUGACAUAUCCACCAUGGCCUGAGGUGAGGAGCGUUGCAGGCUGCUGUGCCAGACCCACCUCCCUGCACCUCAGCACUGAUCCAUGCAUGUUUGGGCAGCGCCACCUUCAUUGUGCACAGACUGUGCCUGGGUCAUCCUCAUUCCUUCCAGGUCACCCACCACAGCCCUCCUGAGCACAAGGAACUGGGGAUGGCAGUGAAUCAGUCCAGGAGGAGCUGCCAGCCCCUGCCUCUCUUGUCCCUUGUUCCCACCAUGUCCAUGCGGAUGCUCUGAGCAUCACGGAGUUACCCUGUCACCCAUCAGGCAGGACUGGGAGGAUUUUUGCCAGGGCUUGGUGGUUUCUUCAUGGUACAACCUCUCAGUUGGGAAUUUCCUGGACUGCCUGUGCCCUGGCUCAGCACUGCCUAUAUAGCAAGAGAACAUCCAUCUCCUCCUGCCAUGUUUUCCUGCAUCCAGGGGCUGUAGUUCCUUUAUAGAAAAGUAUUGCCAACUGCUUAAGAUAUAGGGAAAAACUGGAAUGAUUUUCCUCUUGCUUUUCCUGGAUUAAAAAUUCUCCUCUACCAAGAUUACCUGAAAGUUUUAAAUUCUUUAAAUUCUUCUCAACAGCAGCUGAGGUUUGCAGGUGCUGGUUUUAUUCCAGAGCAAAGCCCCAAGAAAAUUACAGGUGCCUGAUGACAGCACCAUGGAAACUGUCCAUGCAGCCUUAUCCCAGAGCUGUAACAGAGUCUGUGCAUAUAUCCUUGAUACCCCCUGAUUUUAUUUUUUCAAGGUGGGGAAGGCGCUCUUGUGUCUCCAGCAGCUCCCUGACCCUGUGCAGUGCAGGGUCUCAGGACUGAAAGGGUUAAAAGCACUGUGCCUAGGCACACUUGGGAAAGCACAAGAUACCCUGCAACCAAAUUUUAGUCACAGGCUAGAGACCCAGGAUGAAACUUGGCAAGAAAUAGGGAACAGAACUUGCAAAAAUGAAGGGUAGAGCUUGCUGAAACCAGUGAGAAAAUCACUGAAACAGCCAACAAGAGACUGCAGUGCCUAGAGGAGAGAGGGGGAAAGGGGACAGCGAUGAAGACAGCCAGCCUUCAUCAGAGAGGACCAUUGAGGAAUGGCACAAUAUGACACGAAAUGAACGAUAUUCACACGAAAAAGGUAUGUUUAUUUCUGGACUUCAGUAUUUACAGAAUUCUAAAAGUGACCAUGGAUUGGAGGAUGAAAUUGCCACCUCUCCAACCACACUGGUUAAACUAACAGUCUAUCAAUCCUCUCCUUCAGAAAGGAAUGUAAAACAAUCAUUAUUUACAUGAAAAGCGUGUGAGACACUCCAUUACAAAAAUGUAAACAUCAAAAGGCUUAGAAGAACAGGCUGACAGAGGAAGACGUGGAGCCUUCCUCAGCAUGACCACCCUGGUGCUCCGUGGCUGCCCUCCAUGUGUGCUGAAGAUGAUGAUGGUCCUGCUGAGCAGAGCUCGGGGGUUCCAUGGCUCCACGCCACGAGGUCACAAAGCUCUGGGGGUGCCCAGCGCUCGGUGCUCUGCCAGAGCUGCGGGUUUGUCCUGCUGCCCUGGGCAGCACCCGAGGCAGAGGUGCCCGAGCCACCCCAGCCAGGCCAGGGCUGGGAGCCAGCGAGUGCCGAGGGAGCCGAGGCCGGGCUGGCACUGCGGGGCCAUGUCGGGUGUCCACUACAAGUUCUCCUCCAAGCUGGGCUACGACGUGGUCACGUUCCACGGGCACAGCAUCUCCCUGGGUGACCUCAAGCGGCAGAUCAUGGCCCGCGAGAGGCUGAAGGUGGCCAACUGUGACCUGCAGAUCCUCAAAGCUGAGACCAGCGAAGAAUACUCUGAUGAUGCACAGAUCCCAAAGAACGUCUCCGUGAUCGUGAAGAGGGUCCCAGCUCGAGCUCCAGCUCCUAAAUUGCACCAACCCCUAGGAAAGGCUUACAGGAACCACAAUGAGCCAGUGAGGGGAACAUCCAAGGCAAUUUCUGACUCUUCUGCCCCUCUUUCUCUGGCCCAGCUCAUUAAGACCCCAAAUCUGGCUGAGGCCAACGCUGCAGAGGAGGACAAGAUCAAAGCCAUGAUGAUCCAGUCCUGCUGUUACUAUGAGCCCCUCAAUGACCUGAAGCCACCCUUGGGUCCUGGUCCAUCAUCAUCUACCAGCCCCGUUCCCAGGCUUAAAAGGAGCUCAGGAAUUCCCAUGAGUUUUAUGGUGGAGGUGAAGGACCCCAACACAAAGGGAGCAAUGCUUACUCCCAGUGGGAAAUAUGCCAUCCCAAUUAUUAAUUUAAAACAACAUCCACAGCCAAGGUCUCCAGCUGGAAUGAAGCCUCCAAAGAAAAAAGUGAAGAAGGCAGACAAGCCAGUUUAAUUCAUGUUCUUCACUCUUAAUUUAUGUUCUGUAUUAAUGUUCUAAAUUAUUGGUUCUUCUUUCUUCUUCUAUCUUCCUAUUCCUAUUUCAUUGUUUUUUAUUCAUUGUUCUUAUUUCAUGUUCAUGAUUCAUUGUUCACUUCUUGUUCUUGUUGUUCUUCACUGCUCUUAUUUCAUCUUCCUAUGUCUCUUACAAGACAUAUUUGAGCAAUAAACAACACAGCACUGAAAGGAA